AUGGGUUCGAUGAUCUUCUACAACUAUGUUGCCAUUUUGGGCUUAUUUAUGCUCAUCAUCAAUUUACGUUUUGCAAAUUCGAAUCCACCCAAAUUCGACGCCAUAUACCAAAUAGGAGAUUCACUUGCCGAUACCGGCAACUUAAUCCGAGUUCCCAUUGUUGGUCCGACACUUCCUGCUGCGCGUCCUCCUUAUGGUAUAACUAUCGGCAGACCCACCGGUCGUUGGUCCGAUGGUCUUCUCAUCAUUGACUUUAUCGCAACGUAUCUUGGGCUACCGCUACUUAAUCCAUACCUGGAUAGAAAUGCAUCCUUCGUAAAUGGAGUGAAUUUUGCUAAUGCUGGCGCUACCGCUCUUGAUUUUCCCUUCUUUUUACUCAAAGCGAUUGUAAUUCCACCUAUCGUAACUCCUCUCCCCGGCCAAAUCAAUUGGCUUAGACAAUACCUCUCCUCCAUUAGUUCCUCGCCAACAGAAUGCUUGACGAGGCUAAUGAAUUCGCUGGUGUUUAUGGGAGAGAUUGGAGGAGAUGACAUCAACUUUCCAUUGCAGCAGGGCAGAUCCCUUCAAGAAAUCCGCACUUACAUACCAUCCAUCAUUGCAGCCAUCGUCAACGGAAUAAAAGACGUAAUAGGGCUUGGCGCGAGGCGAAUAGUGGUUCCCGGAAACUUUCCAAUCGGUUGCCUCCCAUUUGUUUUGACCUUAAUCGCCAACACCAAUGCAACAAACCCGCAACAGUUGGAUCAAUUUGGGUGUGCAAGAAGUUACAAUGAGUUGGCUAUAUAUCAAAAUAACUAUCUCCAAAAUGCUCUGAACUCUCUGAGGGUACAAUACCCAAAUGUUACCAUAGUCUAUGCUGACUACUACGGCGCUUUCAUUUCAGUUCUUUCUCGUGCAUCCAUUCUUGGUUUUGACACGGCAAAUUUAUUCAAAGCUUGCUGCGGGAGUGGUGGCCCAUAUAACUACGAUGGGACUCUAUUUAAUUGCGGAAAACCGGGAUCCACUGUUUGUCCAAACCCAAGUAGUUACAUAAGUUGGGAUGGAUUGCAUCUCACACAAGAAGCUUACCGUCGAAUCUCAGAAGUCCUCAUUUCCAUGAUUCUCCCACAAUUGCUGUAA